AACUCCAAAACCAACUUCAAACUCACCUACUUUCCCUCCACUUCUGUUAUCUGUCUUCCCCCUCUCUAUAAAUUCCUACACCCUUCUCUCCCCAAAACAUCAUCAAACACUCAAAUCCAAGUUCCCCCUCAGCUUUCUUCUCAACACCUUAAAUUUCUUUCCCUUUUCCCCAACUCCAAUGGCGCUCUUUUCGCGUUGUGCUCGUGUUGUUCCGAUACUGGCCAUAGCUGUGUUCUUCAUUAGUAUUCCAGUUUAUGGCCAGAUCAGCACUCCAUGCAGUUCUUCAAUGAUUUCCAGCUUCACUCCUUGCCUGAACUUUUUGACAAAUAGUACUGCAAAUGGUACCUCACCAAGUGCUGACUGCUGCAACGCUCUGAAAUCCCUCACAAGUGGUAGCAUGGGCUGUUUGUGCCUCAUUGUUACUGGAAACGUUCCCUUCCAAAUACCCAUCAAUCGAUCCUUGGCCAUUUCUCUCCCUCGUGCCUGUAACUUGCCUGGUGUUCCCCUCCAAUGCAAAGCCGCUGGUGCACCUAUUCCUGCUCCAGGUCCGGUCUCGCUAGGCCCAUCACCUUCUUCCGAACUUUCUCCUUCUCCUAGUCCUAAAGCUUCUUCUGUCCCUGAACCCACAACACCUGCUCAGGCACCAGAAUCUGACACGACACCAACUUUAACUCCACCAUCUCCGACAGUUGAUUCCGGCGCUCCGACUGCAACUACAGGCAGCCGCCCAGUUCUGACCCCAUCAGCUGCCAUGCGCUCUCACACUCUCUCACCAUCUCUUCUGCUACUUAUGUUAGGAUUUGUUGCUUUGAAGUACUGCUAGGUUAUUGUCUUCCCAGUAUGUGUAUGAGCUUAUACAUUGCUCUGAUCAUUGAGAGCAACAUUGUGUGAUUAUUUAUUUAUUUGAGAGUGCAUUCUUUGUAAUACAUAUAUGUGUAUGUAUCA